CAUCUAUUUACCUUUCCAGUAUUCCGUGUAUUUAUUACCUUCGCUCUUUCUCUCUGUCUGUAGAAAGAGAGAAGGAGAGCAUGGAGAAGUAUCCCAUCCUAUUUCCUGUGCAGCAAUCGUCUUCCUCUUCUACUUCGUUUCCACAAACCUCCGAGAUGCUCGGCAGCACCCACGUCUUUGGCAGUCUCCACGGUGGCAACUCGAGUGGUCUCUUGGGGCUGAAGGAUUUUGAGGGCAGGGGUAUGAGCCCGCAAGGAGACGGAGCUCACCACAUGAAAUCCUUGGCUUCGUCGAUGGAGAACGAGACGAGGCCUGACAAGAAGAAGGAGAAGAAGGUGAGAAGGCCGCGGUAUGCCUUCCAAACUAGGAGCCAAGUGGAUAUACUCGACGACGGCUAUCGUUGGAGGAAGUAUGGGCAGAAGGCAGUGAAGAACAACAAGUUCCCUAGAAGCUACUACCGGUGCACGCAUCAAGGUUGCAACGUGAAGAAGCAAGUCCAGCGACUGUCGAGGGACGAAAGCAUCGUGGUGACGACCUACGAAGGAAUGCAUAGCCAUCCGAUAGAGAAACCCAAUGACAACUUCGAGGACAUACUAAACCAAAUGCAAAUCUACUCCAACUUUUAAGCUUACGAACAAAGAAAAAGAACUCAUUGAACUCUCUGUAAAGAAGAAGGAGGUAGACAUGUAUGGUAGACGUACGUACGAUAAUAAGCCGUUUAAUUGGGGUGCCACUUGUUCUUUUCUUGAUGUAUUCGUUCAUUGCAAUACAUAUAUAUGGCUUUGUUGAUA